AUGCUCGCUCCUCAAGUCAUUCUUCUAGCAAUUUUUGCAACAUCUCUUACUGCUGCGCAGGACAUUACCUUUAUCAGCAAUGGCGCUUUGCAGCGAAACACAGUUCCCUGUGAUAUGAAACACUCGCCUUCUGGACGUUGCAUCACUCUGCCUCCUCCCUCAAAUACGUACACUCAUGGUUGUACUGUUAUAUCCCGCUGCGCUCGUCCCGCCCCAGGAGUCAAAGUUUCGCUAGACUCAUAG